AUGACGGCGGAGGAGAAGCAGAACCUGCGGUGCUACAGGCGCUACAUCGAGAGGAGCCUGAACCCCGUGUACAUCCUCAGCAACAUGACGGAAUGGCUGUCCGACGAGGUGAAGGAGAGAGUCCGGAAGGAGGAGGAGAAGGGGGUGACAGCGGCCGCCGCGCUUUUCCUGGAUGCCGUGCUGCUGCUGGAGGCGGAGGGCUGGCUCCGGGGCUUCCUGGAUGCCCUGGCUGCAGCAGGUUACACUGGACUGGCAGAAGCAAUUGAAAACUGGGACUUCAGCAAACUGGAAAAACUGGAGCUGCACAGGCAGCUGUUGAAGCGGAUAGAAUCAACAAUGCUAGAAAUUGAUCCUGUAGCAAUCAUGCCAUACAUAAACACAUGCCUGAUAGAGAGGGAGUGUGAUGAGAUCCUGCAGAUCAGUGAAUACAGAAGCAAAGCAGCUGGGAUAACUAAACUCAUUGAAUGCCUUUGCCGCUCGGAUAAGGAAAACUGGCCCAAAAGUCUUCAGCUGGCAUUGGAUAGUGCAGGAUAUUACAAUGCAAGUGAACUGUGGAAUAUAAGAGAAGAUAAUGGCAAAGAUAUCGAAGGCGAAAUGAAAGAUGCCUCUGAGAAUUACUUUGAAACCAUAAUGGCAUUUUCUGAAGAAGCAGAAUGUGAUAAUCUGAGCAAAAGUCUCUCUUCAGUUUCAGAAAGCAUAUAUGAGUCUUCAUCUGUUUAUGAAUCAAAGAAGGCUCGGAGCUAUCAGAUUGAGCUUGCACAGCCUGCUAUUGAUGGGAAAAACACAUUGAUUUGUGCCCCCACAGGAUCUGGAAAAACUUUUGUGGCAGUUCUGAUUUGUGAACAUCAUUUACAAAAUAUUCCCUCAGGACGAAAGGCAAAAGUUGUCUUCCUUGCAACCAAAAUGCCAGUGUAUGAGCAACAGAAAAAUGUAUUCAGGCAGCAUUUUGAAAGAACUGGAUACUCUGUUCAAGGAAUUUGUGGUGAAACAGUUGCAAAUAUCUCUGUAGAAAAUAUUAUACAGGACAGUGACAUCAUUGUGCUAACGCCCCAGAUUCUUGUGAAUAGCAUGGAAAAAGGGAUCCUUAGCUCCCUUUCCAUCUUCACUCUCAUGAUUUUUGAUGAGUGCCACAACACUACAGGCAACCACCCUUAUAAUGUGUUGAUGACUAGGUACCUGGAUCAAAAAUUUGACUCCUCUGCAAACCAGCUGCCUCAGAUUGUAGGUUUAACUGCUUCUGUUGGAGUUGGUAAUGCCAAGAGCACUAAAGAAACUGUAGAGCACGUCUGUACCCUCUGCUCCUACCUUGACAUACAGGCCAUAUCCACUGUCAGAGAGAACAAACAAGAUCUGCAGAGGUUUGGAAACAGGCCAGAAACACGUACGCACACUUUCUUUUUAUUUUCCUAUAUCAGAUGGGUUAAAAUGCGAGCUCAGAAUCAUUUUGCAGACAUUAUCGCAGGUCUGAUGUCUGAGACAGAGGUGUUGAUGAGGAAGAUUUACUCAGUGGAUACCAUCUCCCAAAUCAACAAGAAUUACUUUGGAACACAGAGAUAUGAACAUUGGAUAGUUUCCACUCAGAAGAAAUGCAGACUAUUGCAACUGGAAGAUAAGGAGAAGGAGAGCAGUAUUUGUAGAGACCUUUUCAUUUGUACUGAACACUUGCGGAAAUUCAACGAUGCUCUCAUUAUCAGUGAAGAUGCUCGCAUUGAAGAUGCUUUAGCCUAUCUAAAUGAAUUUUUCACAAAUGUAAAAAACGGACCAUAUACAGAGUUAGAGAAGCAGCUGACGGAGAAAUUUCAAGAGAAAGAACUAGAGCUGACUGCCCUUUCAAAAGAUGAGUCAAAUGAGAAUCCAAAGUUGGAAGAGCUUGCUUGCAUCCUGGACGAAGCAUACCACUAUAACCCACAGACUCGCACUAUUCUCUUUGCCAAGACAAGAGCCUUAGUAGCUGCUUUGAAGAAGUGGAUAGAAGCAAAUCCUCUUCUUAGCCACAUAAAGCCAGAUGUGUUGAUGGGUAAGGGAAGAAGAGAUCAGAAAACAGGUAUGACCCUGCCAAUGCAGAAGGGUGUCCUGGAUGCAUUCAGAAAUGACAAAGACAUCAGACUGCUAAUUGCUACAUCUGUUGCUGAUGAAGGCAUUGAUAUUACUGAGUGCAGCCUUGUGGUGCUCUAUGAAUACUUUGGUAAUGUCACCAAAAUGAUCCAAGUCAGAGGUCGUGGAAGGGCAAGAGACAGCAAGUGCAUCCUUGUGACAAGCAAAACAGAAGUGGUUGAGAAUGAAAAACUAAACAGUUACAAGGAAGAAAUGAUGAAUGCAGCUAUUGAAAAGCUACAGAACUGGGAUGAAACAACAUUUGCAAGAAAGAUACGUGGCCUGCAAAUGAAGGAAAAGAUGCUACGAGAUUCCAGGAAGAAUGAAAUAAAACAUGAAAUAGUGGAAGGGAAAAAAAAUCUUUUGUGUGGAAAAUGCAAAGCAUAUGUCUGCAGUACUGAUGACAUCAGAAUUAUAAAGGGAUCUCAUCACAUUGUCUUAGGUGACGUAUUCCAGGAGCGUUAUACAACAAAGCCCCACAGGAAACCAGUUCAGUUUGAUGAUUUUGUGAAAAAAAGCAAGAUGCAUUGCCGAAAUACUGAGUGCCUGCAUGACUGGGGGAUCAUAGUGAAGUACAAGAUAUUCGAUAAACUACCCGUGAUCAAAAUCAGAAGCUUUGUACUAGAGGAUGUUGAAACUGGGACACAAAUGGAUUUUCAGAAAUGGAAAAGUAUUAAUUUGUCUUUGAAGGAUUUUGAUGAAGAAACAUCCAGCUGAACUCAACAUUUUAAUGGAUAUAUUGU